AUGACGAAGGGUAGCGGGGAGGGUGAGAGGCAAAAGCCUCAGCCGGCGAAGGAGGAGCACACAUUAUACUACGUCUUGCCUGAUGUUAUCCGAAUAUCGUUUGAGGAAGCAGUUAAAGACAUCAAGUUAGACGGGUGGGAGGACGAGUGGUUUUCUUCUGGACAUUUUAAUGUCGAUAAGCACGGCCCGCUAGCCGAGCCAAAAAUUGACUUCGUCUAUAACUGGGUUAACGGCAGCGAGGAUGCCUUUAAAGAUAUUCGACAUAGCUAUGAGUUAGAGUCCCCCCUCAACGACAGGGAAGGGAAGUGGAUAUCCCAACACAGCAUCAACCGAUAUCGUGACUGGGAUGAAUUGAAAUAUUCGCUCCGGAGUCUCGACGUCUACGCCAAAGGUUUCGUCAACAAGAUCCAACUUCUCGUAAACUCUGUUACCAAUGGCUCUUACGAUAAGGAUGGCAAGAACAUGCGUCCUCAACGGCCAACUUGGCUUAAAAACGACGAAGACACCAACGAACACGUUCAGGUUCUUAGUCACGAGUCCUUUUUCCGGGAGCAGGAAAAGGAAUGCCUACCUACUUUCAACUCCCUUUCUAUCGAGUCACAAAUAUACAUGACUCCAUCCACGACAGACCAACUUGUCGCAUUAUCGGAUGACAUGUUCCUGGGCAUGCCUCACGCUGCGUCCGAUUUCUACUCUCCCUUAUUCGGACACACCAUGGGCUUCAAGCCCGAUCACUACAACGUCAAGCAGCUCGGCGGCAAAGACCAGAUUCCUUCGUUUGGGGAGAAACCAUUUGUUUACUACACGUCAUACCUCCUCAAUCACCGCUUCGGCGAACGUAACCGUCACGUCCAAGCCCACUUCACGCACUCCGUUUCCCGCAUGGUGAUGGAGGAAGCUAUGGCUUCCUUCCCGCAGCCGUCUGCCAAGGGCGCCUGCGAGCGAUUCCGCGGGGAAUCGAAGUUCCAGAUUUACCCAUGGUUCGCCAGCUUCCACUACACCAUCGAGAGGUUCCGAGAAGCCUUGCUAUGGUCCUUCAUCAUGUCCCGUUCCGAUAAAAACACGGACGGCUACCUCGAUUGGGGGGAACGCCAGCACAUCUUAGAAGCCAUGGAACCCGGCUGGCGACAGCUCGCCACCAAAGACCCGUCCAAGCCAGCGGCGCAAAGUCCGGAUAGGGACCGGAUGUACUACAAGCUCCCCCAGAUCCUGCAAAGAGCGGGCCUACAACCGCCCCAAGCAAACAUAAAUAUCCUAUGGACGUCGAUUGACGGGCCAGAGACGAUCCGCAACAUCAAAUGCAACGACUUCAGCGUGGAAAAGUGCUUCGGGGACUCGUUCGCAUCGCCCCUAUCCGACGCCACGACGCGGGACCCGGACUUCACCGCGUCGAACAUCUUCUCGCGGAUCUCGUACCAGCACCCGCAAUGCGGCGACUGCCUGAUCAAGUUCCUGCUGGCGUCGCAGCCGCGGGGUCUCGAGCCGCUGCUGCCGCCGAAGAGCGCGAAGCCGCACGACCGCGAGGUCAUCGUCAAGGCGCUGCGCAAGUACCAGCACACCAUCGUCGACACGGACGCGAUGAAGUUCGUCAUGGUCAAGGACGCCGAGCAGGCCGAGACGGAGCUGCUCGAGCGCACGAUACGGCGCGGCAAGACGUUCGGGCAGUGGUGCCUCAACGACGACGUCAUGACGGAGAGCGCGCGCGAGGUCGGCCGCGUCCGCGACGUCAUGACUCAGGUCUUCGAGGACUUGUGGCCCGGGAGGGGGCGCUGGGAGAAGGAAGAAGAUGGGGAGGAGGAGGAGGAGGUUGAUAUCGAUAUACCACAUUUUCUUGCUGCGAUGCUAAGUACAUAG